UAAGGAAAUGAUCCUCAACAACAGCCCCAUAUAUUAACGACUCAGUCCCACAUAUCCUCCUACCACCACCACCUAACUUGCGCCCUUGAAGUAGACGUUACAACUCCUGUCACAAUCUCCGGACGGCGUUGGGAAGGUCACACUGCAGCUUCGCUUCCCGCCGGCAGACUCCAGACCAGCCCGCGGUACUCGCUCGCUUCCCUGCCGCAGCUGCAGGGGUGGAACCCGGACUGACCCGAGCCGAGAGUUCCCCGGUGCUUCUGCCGCCUCCCGCUGCUCCACGCACCGGCUCGGAGUCCGUACGCAGCCAGCCUGCUGUGGAGAAAUGGAUUCCCGCCGUUGAAUCGACCCCAUCGAGAUAGUGUGAUGUAUCUCACCUUCCCUUGGUGUGCUGCGAGGGCAUGAGACUGCGAGGAGGGCGAGAUUUCAACCCUGACUCCCACCUGGAACUGGCCCCUCCUGCUCCUGUUGUCUGGUUACCUGGUGUCCUCAGCAAGGGUGUACGCCUUCGUCUGCGUUUGGAUCGCCGUGACGACCGGGGUCCGGGCUGCUGGCAGCUGGUGGACUUGGAGGCGGGGUCAGAGCCAGUUGGGCAGAGACUGAGGAGCCGGGCCCCUGACACCUGCGCACAAAGUCUGAUGAGUACUCUGUCUGCCGGCUCAGAGAUGCAGACCCCCACUCUCGGCCCCCAGUUUAUAGCGGGGCCCCAGGGUAAGGUGCCUGGCAGGAAGAGAGGACGGCCUCCUAUCCGUAAACUUGAGUUCCAGAGUCACUACGUUGAGCCUAUGUUGCCUAUCAAGGUCCCGAAAAAGAGAGGAAGGAAACCUGGCUUUAAGCUGAAGCCCAGGAUGGUGAUGUCCCCACUAGCUAACUCUCCUCCCAGCAGCACACCAGAACCUGAGAUGGGCUCCCUCCCACAGGAUGCUGCUAUUGUCCCCCACUCUGCCACUCCACAAGUCCUAACAGAGACGCCAAUGCCUGAUGACUUCUUAUGUGACCCACCGGUGGACUCCAAGCGCUACGCUGUAGAUCCCAGUGAUUCUGCCUUCAAUGUCAUGACGUCACAGUACCCACCAAAGCACUCCUAUGGUUACCGUGGCAGCAGUUGCUCUACCCCAAUGGGUUUGUGCAGACAAGCAUCAAGCCCAGGAAGCUUCCAGGAAGGAAACAGGAAUGCAUACAGUCCGAUGCCAGACUCUGGAGAGUGCAAGCGUCCUACUGGUAAGGACCCAUCCAGGUGGGGUGUUGAGGAGGUCAUUUGGUUCAUCAAAGAUGCUGAUCCCCAAGCCCUGGGACCCCACGCUGAUGCAUUCAGGAAGCAUGAGAUAGACGGAGACGCUCUGCUCUUGUUGAAAAGCGAGAUGAUGAUGAAGUAUCUGGGACUGAAGCUGGGCCCUGCACUUAAACUCUGUUACCACAUCGACAGGCUUAAACAGAAUCGGUUGUGACUUGCUGAUCACCUUUCACUAAAACUGUACCACUGCUGAUUCUCUCAAACUUUCUCCACCAUCAGCAAUACAUCGUGAAUGCCUUGGGAUCACUUGUUGGCUUUUACUGCAUCUGCAACCACAUUUUGUUGACAGAAAUUGGACGUGUUGACUAUACAUAUUAAGACUAUUUACAGUUGAAGCAAUUAUUUCAUUUCCAUCAUUGUUUACUGGGUAUCUGAAUGGCUUUAGGUUGUAAAUAGUUCAGCUCCACGCAGAUGGCAGCUACUGUAUAUCGAAACCUUUGACCUGUAUUGACGUCCACUCUGCAGUCUGCACACAACUUACUGUUAUUUGUGCAGAUCUUAAUCGCGGAUGCCGUAUCAACACCUCCAAAGACCCACAGAGACAGGGAACCUAAAAAUCUUGUAUGGUGCUUUACCUCGAUAUCAUAUUUAAACUUAAACAAGUCUUUGGUUACGGCACAAUGCUGCUGCACUUUUAAAAUAUUCUUUUGUUAGUAAGUUUUGUUGUAAAGUGGUGAUAACAUUAACCCGGGUAUCACUCCUACACACAAACUGUAACUAAUGACUGAUCUUGGACACUCUUCAGCAAGUAUUGAAAUCUUUUUAUUUAUUUGAAAUCGUUUGACCAGUAGCUAGUGUGAGUCAAAUUAAAGGAAUUAAUCUUAAUAUAAGUGGGAAAAUCCUGACCCAAGGAUGAGAUAUUCACUUUUUCUAAUCAAUUCUGUUUAGUUUCAUGGUCAAUAUUAAAACAACAUCAACAUGAAAAACAGCAUUAGAAUAAGAAUAAAUAAAUAAAUACAUUUUUCUUUUUUUUUUAAUUUCUAAUGCUGUUGUGAAACAAGGUAAUUUGCUAACAUGAACAUUUCUACCACAAACCACAGCCCAGCAAAACAGUGCAACCGAUUCUACCAUUCAGAGGUGCAUAUAAUCACACAGCGCACAUAAUGACAGGAAAGAAAGACGCUGGGGCUUUUCACUGUGCUCUCAUGAAUUGUCUAUCAUGUGACACUCACUGGUUUUAAAAUGUCAGUACUGAAAAGCAGGCCACUUUGCAACCUACCUGAUGAGGCUUCUGUUUUACUUGGGGUUUCAUAAGUGGUGUGAGUGAAAGCAACUUGUAGCAAACUCAUACAACUUGGUGCUCACGGAAACCAUUACUGUCACUACGACCAUAACACUUACACUCUCCUCAUACAGUUAAUCACUAUCUUUUCUAGAUAAAGCUACAGUUUACAUUCCUCUCAUGCAAUACCUCUUCAGUCAUUUUUAUUAUAAAUGCCUCUGAGUCAUGUUUUGUUCUGCCUAUUGAUUAAGCAGUAUUUCCUUUCCAAACUGUGAAAAGUGAUUAAGUAACAUGUCUUGAGCAUUAAUAAUAACAGUUUUUUGCAGCAACCAAAUACAGUUUUGACAUAUAAAAAUUGUACAAACAAUUUGUAAACACAUUAAUGAUCAAUCACAUGUAGUAGCUUAUAUGACAAACUCAUACAACGUGUGGCUAAACACAAUGCUUUUUUUGAUCUGACUGUACAGUACUUGUUACUCACUUUAAUCUUUUGCGUUCUGUGUGUUUUGCUUAACUUUGUUAAAGUCAGUGUGCCACAGACUUAUGUGAGUACAGCAUGUAUGGCUAUGUAUGAAUUCUGUAUUUCAUGCCUGUCCUGAGCCCUAGUGAGUUAAAAUUUCACCUUUUAUUUUCCAAUUUUCAGUGUGAUACAUUGAUUUAAAUGAUUUACAGGAAAUGUGGCAGUUUUGUUGCACAGGAGCUAUUUCCCCAACUAGAAAUGUACACACAUUUUUAUCAUCAAAUUUGGCUCCCUAAUGACCUUCCUUUUCUUAUUAAUAUAAUGUUUUUAAAGCAGACUUUUUUCAGACAAAAUAAAACUCCUUGUUUAAUGAA